GUGCUGUCACUGCCAGUGACACUGUUUUCACAACUCAUCGUCAAUUUUUGUCUGCUUUUGCACUGCGGUCGUGAAUCGGUGCCGUAAAAGUUUUAAUUUUCACUGUGAAAUUCGCGAAGUUUAUUUACUACUGUUGCGAUAACUGCUAGCGGAAGGAACCAUGUCCACGGCGGAGAAAAUCGAAGAAACCCCCGUCAAGGGCAAGACCAAGGAAAAGGAGGAGGAAAAAACCGAACUGAGCGAUGAGGAUAAGCAGCUCCAGGAUGAGUUGAAUAUGCUGGUGGAGCGCCUGCAGGAACCGGCGACGGAGCUGUAUCAUCCGGCGCUGGAAGCGAUGGCCAAGUUGAUCAAGGCGUCAACGACCUCGAUGACGUCGGUUCCGAAGCCGCUGAAGUUUAUGAGGCAACAUUUUGAGACGAUGAAGGAGAUCCACAAGACGAUGACGGCGUCGCUGAAGGAUAAGGGAACGACCAAGUUGUGUGCGGAGAUCAUCUCAGUGCUGGCGAUGACCAUGGGAACGGGAAAGGAGUGUUUGGUGUAUCGUUUGCUGUGCGAUGAUAGUAAUGAGAACAUCGGAGACUGGGGCCACGAGUAUGUAAGGCAUUUGAGUGGGGAGAUCGCUUCGAAUUGGCCGGAAACGACGGAGGAUUUUAAGAAGCGGUUGAUCUGCUUGAUUCAUCAGAUUAUUCCGUACAAUAUGGCGCACAAUGCCGAGGCCGAAGCUUGCGAUCUGUUGAUGGAGAUCGAGCGGCUGGAUCUGCUGGAAGCCUACGUGGAUGAGAGCGCUUAUCCGAGGGUUUGUUUGUAUUUGCAGAGCUGUGUUCCGUACGUCCCGGAACCGGAAAACAUUAGCUUAUUGAAGUGUGCGCUGAAUCUGUCACGGAAGUUCAAUAUGCACACGCAAGCGAUGAGACUAGCUCUGAUGAUCAACGACAUGCAGCUGAUUCAGGACAUCUUUACUUCGUGCGGUGAUUUGGCCAUUCAGAAGCAGUUGGCCUUCAUGCUGGGACGACAGCAGAUUUUCCUGGAGCUGCCGGAAGGGUCCAACGAUUACGAUGAUCUGGUGGAGAUCAUGUCGAAUUCGCAUUUGAACAAUCAUUUCCUGAAUUUGGCCCGUGAGUUGGACAUUAUGGAACCGAAGACGCCGGAGGAUGUCUACAAGUCCCAUUUGGACAAUUCUCGCACUCCGUUCGGAUCGCAGAUUGAUUCGGCACGGCAGAACUUGGCCGCCAGUUUCGUGAACGGUUUCGUCAAUGCCGGCUUCGGACAGGACAAACUUCUGAUGGAGGACGGCAAUAAGUGGCUCUACAAGAACAAGGAACACGGCAUGCUGAGCGCCACGGCUUCCUUGGGGUUGAUUCUGCUGUGGGACGUCGAUGGAGGUUUGACUCCGAUUGAUAAGUAUCUCUACUCCAAUGAGGAUUACAUCAAGUCGGGUGCUCUGUUGGCUUGCGGUAUUGUAAACUGCGGCGUGCGGAACGAAGUUGAUCCGGCGUUGGCUCUUUUGUCCGAUUAUGUCCUCCACCAGAACAGUACUAUGAGAAUCGGGGCCAUUCUCGGCCUUGGAUUGGCUUAUGCCGGAUCGAACAGAUCCGUUGUUUUGGAACUGAUUGGAUCGGUAUUCAGCUCCGAACGCCGCACCGGAUCUACUAUGGAAGUCAUGGGAAUCGCUGCUCUGUCCCUCGGUAUGAUUGCCGUUGGUUCUUGCAAUAGCGAAGUGACGGAGGUUCUGCUUCAAACCAUUAUGGAUCGCUCGGAGCUGGAACUGAAGGACACCUACGCUCGCUUCCUGCCACUUGGUCUCGGAUUGGUCUAUCUCGGACGUCAAGAAGCCGCCGAAGCCGUGAUCGCAGCUCUGGAGAUUAUCCAGGAACCGUUCCGUUCAAUGGCCACCACUAUGGUCGAAAUUUGCGCUUACGCCGGAACUGGUAACGUUCUAAAGAUCCAACAGCUACUGCACCUUUGCUCGGAACACUACGAACCUGCUUCGGAGAGCGAGAGUUCUUCCUCAAAGAAAGAUGCUGCCGCUGCUGCUGCAGCUGCUCAAAAAGAAAAGGAAGACAAAGAGAAGGAUCUCUCCGGCUGUCAAUCUGUUGCCGUGCUCGGAAUUGCCCUCAUCGCUAUGGGCGAAGAAAUUGGAUCCGAAAUGGCAUUCCGGUCGUUCGGCAACCUGCUCCGCUACUGCGAACCGUGCAUCCGUCGAGCUGUCCCUCUGGCUCUGGGCUUGAUCUCCGUCUCAAACCCCAAACUGAACAUCCUGGAUACGCUAAGCAAAUUCUCGCAUGACAGCGAUGCGGAAGUAGCCCACAACUCCAUCUUUGCCAUGGGUCUCGUGGGAGCCGGAACGAACAACGCUCGAUUGGCCGCUAUGCUUCGUCAGCUGGCCCAGUACCACGCUAAGGACCCUAACAACCUCUUCAUGGUUCGUAUCGCACAGGGACUGACGCAUUUGGGCAAGGGGACGCUCACCCUCAGCCCGUACCACAGCGACCGGCAGCUUAUGAGCCCAGUGGCAGUAGCUGGACUGAUGGCCACCCUCGUUUCCUUCAUGGAUGUCAAAAACAUCAUCUUGGGCAAAUCGCACUACCUGCUGUACACAUUGGCCACUGCCAUGCAGCCCCGUAUGUUGAUCACAUUCACGGAGGACCUCAGCCCAUGUCCGGUCCCAGUGCGCGUCGGUAUGGCCGUCGACGUCGUUGGCCAAGCCGGUAAGCCCAAAACCAUCACGGGCUUCCAAACGCACACCACUCCGGUCCUGCUGGCGAUGGGCGAACGUGCCGAACUGGCCACCGAGGAGUACAUUUCGCUCACGCCCAUCAUGGAAGGUUUCUGCAUUCUGAGGAAAAAUCCCAACUAUGUCCCUUAAGAACGGAAAGACGCCGUCGCCCCUGAGAGGAAGAGUGGACAAUCUUCAAGACUUGUUUCAGAAUGCGAUUGAACUAAUCAUUGCUACAGACUAUGUACUACGAAAUAAAAUACUUAUCAAUUAGUUUACUCAUGUAACAAACAUUGUGUAUUUCAGUGUUUCCUUAGUAUUUGAAAUAAAAUAAAUCCGAAUCAAAAAGU